GGGGCGCGGGCUGCGCGCUCCGCGGCUCGGUGGUCCCGCCGGGGGCCGGCGGCGGGGGAGGCGGCGGGGACGCGCGGCUCGCCGCCAUGGACGACAAGGCGUUCACCAAGGAGCUGGACCAGUGGGUGGAGCAGCUGAACGAGUGUAAGCAGCUGAACGAGAACCAAGUGCGGACGCUGUGCGAGAAGGUAGGCGGCCCGCCGCGGAGGCGCGCGCAGGGGUCGGGGGGGGAAACGGGCCCUGGCCCCCGGCUGGAGUAGGGGACGGGGUGCGGGACCCCACCCCACGCCCCGAAAACCAGGCUGCUGCAGUCCCCGGGCUCCACGGACAACUGCCCUGAAAGUCGUUAACACCGAGCGGUGGUUAGUGUGGCGUCGAUCGCUCGCAGGCUAAGGAAAUUUUAACGAAAGAAUCAAAUGUGCAAGAGGUCCGCUGUCCUGUUACCGUCUGUGGAGAUGUGCAUGGCCAAUUCCAUGACCUUAUGGAGCUCUUCAGAAUUGGUGGGAAAUCACCAGAUACGAACUACCUAUUCAUGGGGGACUAUGUAGACAGAGGGUACUACUCUGUGGAGACUGUGACUCUUCUUGUAGCAUUAAAGGUGCGCUAUCCAGAGCGCAUCACAAUAUUGCGAGGAAAUCACGAAAGCCGGCAGAUCACACAAGUGUAUGGCUUUUAUGAUGAGUGCCUACGGAAGUAUGGAAAUGCCAACGUGUGGAAAUACUUUACAGAUCUCUUUGAUUAUCUUCCACUUACAGCUUUAGUAGAUGGACAGAUAUUCUGCCUCCACGGUGGCCUGUCUCCAUCCAUAGAUACACUGGACCACAUAAGAGCCCUGGAUCGCUUGCAAGAAGUUCCACAUGAGGGCCCAAUGUGUGAUCUCUUAUGGUCAGAUCCGGAUGACCGUGGCGGCUGGGGCAUUUCUCCACGUGGUGCUGGCUACACAUUUGGACAAGACAUUUCUGAAACAUUUAACCAUGCCAACGGUCUCACACUGGUGUCUCGUGCUCACCAGCUUGUAAUGGAAGGAUAUAACUGGUGCCAUGAUCGGAAUGUGGUCACCAUUUUUAGUGCGCCCAAUUACUGCUACCGUUGUGGGAACCAGGCUGCUAUCAUGGAAUUAGAUGACACUUUAAAAUAUUCAUUUCUUCAGUUUGACCCAGCACCUCGUCGUGGAGAGCCUCAUGUGACCCGGCGCACCCCAGACUACUUCCUGUAAAUUCCUCCCCAGGACCUGUCUUUGUAUGUGGAAGUAUACCUGGCUUUUUAAAAUAUAUAUAUAUACAUAUAUAUUUAAAAACAACAGUUAUUUGUGUUUCUGUAACAAAUUGUGAUAUGUCUUGACAUUAAAACACAUCAUGGACCAAAACGUGCCAUACUAAUGAUGAGCGGUUAGCACAAUGUGAACUCUAGCACACUGUUGUAGAUGAGUCAGCCCACAGCCUGCCUGCUGGGCGGUAGUGACCAUUUUUCUUGACUGGUUAAGCAAAAAGGGUCACUGACUGCUUCGUCUCCUUUGCGCUUACUUGGAAAUUUAGUUAACAAGUUUAACUGGCAUGGAUUAUAGAGUUGGAGUUUUAUUUUUUAAGAAUUCACAAGCUGACUUCCACUUCAAUUCAUAAUCCUUUAUUUUAUUGAAAUGUAUGACUAACUGAAGAAGAGAUUCUUGGGAGUAUGUUGUCAUAACAUUAAAGAGAUUUCCUUUAAAGUUUCCUAAACUAAAUUACUGUUGGAUGUUGAGCUGCAUAUUUCUGUAUAUUUGUCAUGACAGUGCUUGCAUCCUAUUUGGUGUACUGAACAAAUAAAAUUUCCGAUUUAGAGAAAAACA